AUGAAGAUCGAAGAGUUGGACGAGGUUGAAUCUGAUGGAAGGAGUUACAAUCACAGUGACGACCAUGUUUCUGGAAGAAUGAUUGUUCGGGUCGAUGCAAAGAGAGCGCUAGUCGGAGCUGGGGCUCGGAUCCUGUUCUACCCGACCCUUCUGUACAAUGUUUUCCGGAACAAGAUUCAAGCUGAGUUCAGAUGGUGGGACCAAAUUGAUCAGAUGGAAUUUGAUGCAGCUGUCAUCACCCUUAAUGAGCCUUAUGAAACCUUGGUUCCAACAUCAUUGUACCAUGUGAGUGAUGUCGUCUGCGCUGAUUCGGCGGCUGGGGAUUGGGAGGUCACGGCUCAGGUCUAG